AUGGGCGCUCGGCCGCCCGAUCUCAGGAUGCUCUUGCGAGCGUACGCGGGCAUGCUGGCGCGCGGAGGCAGGCCCAACGCGUACACGUUCCCGCCCUUGCUCAAGGCACUGGCGGCCGAGCGCCAGCGGGGCGCCGUGGCGCCACCGGCUGUUGGAGGCGCCGUCCACGCGCACGUGGUCAAGUUCGGGCUUGAGCUCAACGCCCACGUGGCGAGCUCGCUGGUCCUCAUGUAUGCCGCCAGGGGCGACAAUCUGACUGCACGUGCGCUGCUGGAUGCGUGGCCCGCGGGUGGUGGAGGCACGCCCGUGCUCUGGAACGCUCUCAUCUCCGGCUGCAAGAGAAGCAGGCAGCUCAGGCUGUCAUGCUGCUAUUUCGUGGAUAUGGUGAGGGCUGGUGUUGCGCGGACGCCGGUCACUUACAUCACGGUGCUGUCAGCCUGUGGGAAAGGCAGUGACAUCCUGCUCGGAAUGCAGCUGCACAAGUGCAUCGUGGAGAGCGGGGUGCUGCCUGACCUCAAGGUGGAGAAUGCUCUCGUUGAUAUGUACGCCGAGUGUGGCGAGAUGGAAGCAGCCUGGGAGUUGUUUGAGGGCAUGCGGGUGAGGGAUACGGUUUCCUGGACGUCAGUUCUAUCUGGGUUUGUGAGGUUAGGCCAGGUUGAUCGAGCCAGAGUAUUGUUUGAUCAAAUGCCUGAGAGGGACACUGUUUCAUGGACUGCAAUGAUUGAUGGUUAUGUGCAGACAGGACGGUUCAGAGAGGCACUGGAGAUUUUCCGUGAGAUGCAGUUUAGCAAGGUGAUGGCAGAUGAGUUCACCAUGGUCAGCGUAGUCACGGCGUGCGCGCAGCUUGGUGCUUUGGAGACAGGGGAAUGGGCAAGGGUUUACAUGAGCAGGCAUGGGAUCAAGAUGGAUACUUUCGUUGGCAAUGCACUCAUAGACAUGUAUUCAAAGUGUGGGAGCAUUGAGCGGGCAUUGGGCGUGUUCAAGGAGAUGCACAGCAGAGAUAAGUUUACUUGGACCGCCAUCAUACUUGGUCUUGCUGUGAAUGGCCAUGGUGAUCAGGCUAUCCAUAUGUUUUACAAGAUGCUUAGGGCGUUUGAAGCUCCGGAUGAGGUGACAUUUGUUGGUGUUCUAACUGCCUGCACUCAUGCUGGCUUGGUUGACAAAGGCCGAGACUUAUUUCUCAGCAUGGCAGGGACCUACGGGGUUGCUCCUAAUGUGAUGCAUUAUGGAUGCAUAAUCGACCUCCUAGGCCGAGCUGGGAAACUAACAGAGGCACUGGAAACAAUUGGUAAAAUGCCCAUGAGACCCAACUGUGCAAUUUGGGGGACCCUGCUGGCAGCUUGUAGGGUUCAUGGUAACUCAGAGAUAGGUGAAUUGGCAGCAGAGAAUCUCCUCGAGUUGGAUCCAGAGAACAGCAUGGCUUACAUUCUUUUGUCCAAUCUGUAUGCAAAGUCUAAUAGAUGGGAAGAUGUCCGGCGGCUUAGGCAGGUAAUAAUGGAGAAAGGAAUCAAGAAAGAACCUGGUUGCAGUCUGAUUGAAAUGAAUGGCACACUUCACGAAUUUGUAGCUGGUGAUAGAUCUCAUCCUAUGAGCAUAGAAAUCUAUUCCAAAUUGGACAAGGUACUCACCGACUUGAAGAAUGCUGGGUAUGUGCCUGAUGUAACAGAGGUAUUUGUUCAAGUUACAGAAGAAGAAAAACAGAAAGUUCUUUAUUGGCACAGCGAAAAGUUGGCAGUUGCCUUUGCACUACUCAGUUCAGAAUCUUGUUCAACCAUAAGGAUCGUGAAAAACUUGAGGAUGUGUUUGGAUUGCCAUAAUGCAAUUAAAUUGAUCUCCAAGUUAUAUAUGCGAGAGGUUGUUGUGAGGGACAGGACACGCUUCCAUCAUUUUAGACAUGGACUCUGUUCUUGUAAGGACUACUGGUAACUCUCAUUAUACAUCGAUGAUAUAAUACAAUGGAAUUUUGGUAGUAGGUCUGGGUGACCACACAAUGACCAACUUUGGUUUCUCAUUUCAAACACUACAUACUGCACAUUUGUAGUUCUGAGAAUGAAGGUAGAAUCGAGUUAAUAUUCUCGGUACACUGGAAGCUAUUACAUCUUGGUGUAAUCCUGUCUGUUGCUGAACGCUUAUUUUGGCCGCAGCUAUUAUUGAUGGAAGAUAUGUGUGUACUUCAAUAGAGGAAAUUCUUGCAGUAACUGUGAUCUAUCUUCUGGACUGAAGUUGAUAUUUAGGUGCAACAGUGUUCUUUCUGAAGAUUUAUUGUUUAGUGCUUUGCCAAACCAGAUAGUUCCAUAGAGGAAGUUCUUUCAGUGACAUUGAUUUAUCUUAUGGCCUGAAGCUGAUAAUCAUUGUGCAACUGUAUUCUGUCAAUCACAUGCUAGCAAAUGUUGGUGUCUGCUGAUGCUUUACUGUUUGGUGCUUACUCAAACCAGG